AUGUCGGAAAAUAACUCGCAGCCACCCGACACUCACAUGGAGAUGAACGACGAACUGGACCCGACGGUUGAUGACGAGAUCAAGCACGACGCGAGUCAAAUGGAAACCGACGCCAUGAACCUUGACGGCGCAAACGAGACAGAGCCGGCAACAGUCAACGGAGUGCCAGACUCGGCCACCGCAUUUGAAGCUCGGAUACCGGCCAAGAAGGACGCCACAUUGCGCGAGUUCCUGGGUAAGAUGGACGAAUAUGCACCCAUCAUACCCGAUGCGGUGACAAACUACUACUUAACACGCGCCGGCCUACCGCCACCGCCCCAGACAUCUCAGCAUCUUGCGCGCCUCCUUGCCCUCGCUACGCAGAAGUUCAUCGCCGACAUUGCGGCCGACGCUUACCAGUUCUCCCGCAUUCGCUCGUCCAACACUACGAGCAACAACCCUAUGGGUGGUGCUGGAGGACCGCCCGGGACAGCUGCGCCUGGUGGAGCACAAGGGGGCAAAGACAGCGGGUCCAAGACCAAGGACUACAAUCUCGGCAUUCAGCGGCCAGGGUAUGGUGGAGGAGGGCAGGGCGGCAGCCAAGGCCGUACUGUGCUCACCAUGGAAGAUUUGGGUAUGGCCGUGGGCGAGUACGGCGUCAACAUCAAGCGUGGCGAGUUCUACCGUUAG